AUGUGCUUCCUUCACUGCUCCGUUCUUGCAGCUCUAGACGAUUCUUGUUUUGAGAACGUUAAGGUUUAUCAUUCUUCCAAAAAUAGCAGCACUUACAAUAUAGUCGGUAGUUCUUCUGAAUGCUCUAGGAUAGCACAAGAGAAAUAUAAGUCUGAGCCCGAACCAUGUGAUCCUAGCGUCUUAACUUUAUCGGUUUCGCCAAUUCCCACCUUCUAUGAAGGCAAUGUCAUUCCGGAUGUUAGACUCAAUUUCUCCGUUCUGAUUUUUGAACACAUAGAUUCCGUUGAUUUCCGCUUGCAGUGUUUAUAUGCUCCCAACCAUGAGGAUAUAUAUUGCCACGAUUCUGCUAAAAUGAUUGUUAACAAUUCAUGGCUGUGGCCAUGUCGGAUGCUCCAAUUCGAUGAUAACGAUGGUGUGAGACUUCCUUUUCAAUUUGGAUACAGUUGUUUCCGAAUAUAUGCUCAAUCCCAAUACAUGGUCAAUGUCACGUUGUACCCUCAGAACUGCCGAUCUUCGCUUAUAUUCACGGCACCAGAGGAGAGUCAUCUUUUUCCUGAAAUAGCUAAGUUCUAUAGUGUUCCCCAAUUCGAUUGGUCACCAAUGCUUAUCAUUGAUGUCACAGAGAGUGAUGGAGUAUGGGUCAGGAUCGAAAAGCCAAAAUCUAUAAAGCUUUAUUCUAUUCGAGUUGACUUGUUCAAGCACUUGAGAAUCAAGGAUAAGCCUGGCUUGAAACUCCUAGAGACAAUAACGAUUUCCAAUCCAUCACUCGGCCGAAAAUGGAUGAACACAGCUGAAGGAGACUAUGUGGCUUAUGCCUAUGUUCCAAAGCAAGAUUGUCGCUUAGUUUGUCCAUCACCCGAUUUACCAGCUGAUGUUGAAUGCAAAAUAUGUCAACAUACUAAACUGAAUUUCACUGUUCACGAAUCCAAAGGAGGACUUCUAUGGAAAAGUAUAUUGGUGGUGGAGGAGUCUUGGCAUGUCAUUGCUGUUGUCCUUACUGGUGUUUUCAUCACGGCAUUCUUGGGUUUCGUCUAUUUUCUUUAUUUCCUAGAUAAGAAACAGUCUAACCUCACUAAUGUGUAUGUGGAAUUGGCUGAAUGUCAGAAAGUUCUGAUUUUGUACUCCGACGAUACUUCUGAGCAUUCCCAUGCAGUGGAAAAAUUCGCAGAUCUGAUUUCCUUGGCAGCUAAUGCUUCUGUUUUGAUCGAUGUUAAAGAGCUGAUAGCCACCGGCUCUUUGCCGUCUCGUUGGCUGGUGGAUUCUCUUGGUAAAGCCAGCAGUGUUCUUCUAGUCUUGUCAGAUGCUUCUGAGGGACUAUUGAACGGACGCAAAUUAGUUCAAAGAAGGCCAUUUCCCGAUAUGUUCUCUAUGGCGUGCGAUCUCGUCAUCCAGGAAUGUACUACACGAUCUGCUAGCAAGACCAGAUUCGCAACAAUCAGGUUCCCGUACUCUCCGAGUGCUAUUCCCCAUCAGUUCGAGACAUUAGGAUUACAGUGUUUCAAUAUUCCGAAGGAGUUGGCUCAUCUGACUGCCUUCCUUCAUAGAUUAGGGCAUUCUAACGUUGAGCAAGACAUGAGCAGUUCCUUUGAAUUGAAAGAGUUCAAUGACGCUUUGAAAACAGUUGAGGAUUAUAUAAGUGCUAACCAAAACUAUAAACAAGAUAUGUGGGAAGAGCAACGAACUGAAACUGAUGAUGUCGCACUUGAAGAGUUACCGUCUAGAAGGAACAGUGAAACUUUACUUUCGAAAGAUGUCUUGAUAAUUGAAGAUGAUGACGACGAGCUACUUAACAUAUCAGAUAAUGACACGGAUGCCGAAUCUGAUCUGUUGGUUCCCAGUGAUAUAGAGUCGGAUUAA